UGGAAUAAUAAAAUAUUUCACCGUCGAAAAACACUCAACUAUGAAUUGACGAAAUCAAAUUUGAUGAAUACACAAAGGAAAUGAAUCGAGAAAGUUGAAAAAUGAGCAAAGCGGACGUGGAAAAAGAGUCCCAAGAUUGUCCAAGGGGUGAAAAUUCCCCGAAAAACGAGGGUUCUACAGAAGUGAUAGAAAGGAUGAUCGAACAAACCGCGGAGGAUCUGAAGGAGAUAGAGUCCGAUCAGAUGGAGCUCCAAUUGGACCUGAUGAGACUGAGAUACUACGAUGAGUUUCUGUCUAAACAAAACAGAGAAAUAAACAAAGAUAUACAAGAACUAGACGGGCGAAUAUCCGGCAUCGAAGAGAGAAAUAUCGAGAAGAGGAGUAUGGUUAGAAGUUUCUUGAUGGCGUACGAAGAAGAAUGACAAUAAAUUUAAGAGGUGUAAAGAAUAAAUCAAAAAAUAUAACUAUUAAUUUUCAUUUCUGACACAUAUGUAUUUAUGUGGAGAGACGGAAGUAGUUCAAAUUGAAAAUUGACAGAAAAAUGUGACAUCAAUUUAUGUGUGUUACUGAUUGUGUAUGAUUCGUCACGAAGUUUUUGUUGUCUUUCCUUUCAUUUAUAAAAAAAUUAUAUAAACGUUUUAUUCGUCGAACUGUCCGAAAUAUAUUUUUUAUGUUUCUCUAUA